AUGAUGUUGUCGAGAGUGCUCAAAUCAAGAGGUCUCAAGUCCUCUGCCCAGCAAAUUAUGCGUUUCAAAUCCGUCAUUUCCUUAUCUUCAACGACCACCUCGUUCCCAACGAGUCACACCUCGGCUCAGGAUGAGCCCUACCUCACUCCGUCGUUUGUUAAUAACCAGUUUGUCAAGUCGGACGCCACGGAAUGGUUCGAUAUCCACGAUCCCGCCACCAACAACGUUGUUUCGCGUGUGCCACAGUCGACGGAUGCUGAGUUGGAAGAAGCUAUUGCCUCGGCUCAUGCGGCCUUCCCCGGUUGGAGAGACACCUCCAUCAUUAAGAGACAAGGCAUUGCUUUUAAAUUUGUCGCUUUGUUGCGUGAGAACAUGGACCGGAUCGCCAGUGUGAUUGUCUUGGAACAAGGUAAAACUUUUGUUGAUGCUCAAGGAGAUGUCACGCGUGGUUUGCAAGUUGCCGAGGCUGCAUGCAACAUCACCAACGACCUCAAGGGCGAGACCUUGGAGGUUAGCACCGAUAUGGAAACCAAGAUGAUUCGUGAGCCUUUGGGUGUCAUUGGAUCCAUCUGUCCCUUUAACUUCCCCGCCAUGGUGCCAUUGUGGUCCCUCCCCUUGGUUUUGGUGACCGGUAACACUGCCGUUGUCAAGCCCUCGGAAAGAGUGCCCGGUGCCGCCAUGAUCAUCUGCCAGUUGGCUGCCGAGGCCGGUGUUCCCCCAGGUGUCCUCAACAUUGUCCACGGCAAACACGCCACCGUCAACAAGCUUAUUGAAGACCCAAGAAUCAAGGCCUUGACCUUUGUUGGUGGUGACAAGGCUGGUAAGUACAUUUACGAAAAGGGUUCCGCUUUGGGUAAGCGUGUCCAGGCCAACUUGGGUGCCAAGAACCACCUUGUUGUCUUGCCCGAUGCACCAAAGCAACAAUUUGUCAAUGCAUUAAACGGAGCUGCAUUUGGUGCCGCUGGACAAAGAUGUAUGGCCAUUUCCGUGUUGGUCACCGUUGGCAAGACCAAGGAAUGGAUCGCCGACGUUAUCAAGGAUGCCAAGCUUCUCAAGACCGGUUCCGGUUUCGACAAAUCAUCCGACUUGGGCCCCUUGAUCAGCCCCGAGUCGCUCGCUAAAGCUGAAAGCAUCAUUGCCGACUCUGUUGCUCAAGGUGCCGUUUUGGAGCUCGAUGGCCGUGGAUACAAGCCCGAAGAUGCUAAAUUUGCCAAGGGUAACUUCCUCGGUCCCACCGUGCUUACCGGUGUCAAGCCAGGCAUGCGCGCAUACGACGAAGAGAUUUUCGCUCCCGUUUUAGCCGUGGUCAAUGUCGACACCAUUGACGAAGCCAUUGAGUUGAUCAACAACAAUCCUUAUGGUAACGGUGUUUCCAUCUUUACCAGCUCAGGUGGAUUUGCCCAAUAUUUCACCAAGAGAAUCGACGUGGGUCAAGUUGGUGUCAAUGUUCCUAUCCCUGUUCCAUUGCCCAUGUUUUCAUUUACUGGUUCGAGAGGCUCCUUCCUUGGUGACUUGAACUUUUACGGUAAAGCCGGUAUCACCUUCUUGACUAAGCCAAAAACCAUCACUAGUGCUUGGAAGAUUAACUCCAUAACUUCCGAUGGCGAGAUUUUGAAACCAAGUACCUCCAUGCCUAUUCAGCAAUAA